CUCUGAUUGCGGAUAAAAGGGCGGUGGGGAGCGGAAUAAGUAGGGGGGUUAAAAGGGAGAGGGACAGCUGCUGCAACCAUUGUACUAAACAAUUGUUGGUUUAUUGGCAUUUAUUGUUGACUCUCUGUUUUAAGCUAGACAUUCCGUUGAAUUCACUACUUAAACCGGCACUAUUACAACAUUAUUACAUCUAGAGCAGCAGCAACGACUUGCCCCGCCAAUUACUUCAUUAAUCGCAGAUCCACAGAAGAAUCGAGCGCAGUAAGAAGACAAACCUCCAGCAGCAGCUAUGGACCACGCCCAUCACAGUGCAGCCGGUGUUGAUCACUCGAUGAUGCAUCACGACCAUGCGGGUAUGCAUCACGAUCACAGCGGAAUGGGAGCUGCAACUGUUACACCUGAUCCUGCAUCCAUGUUUGACCUGAUUCCCGACACCAACGAUUUGCAUGCGGCCCACGCGGGUCACGCAGUUCACAACCACGGCGGUGGGUCUGGCACGGGAAUGGAGCACAUGAUGCCCAUGGCGUUCCACUUUGGAUACGACGAGACAAUCCUGUUCUCCUGGUGGCACAUCGAAACGGUGGCCGGUUUGGUGGGCUCCAUGAUUGCCAUUUUCCUGCUGGCGCUGAUGUACGAAGGUCUGAAGUACUACCGGGAGUAUCUGUUCUGGAAGACGUACAAUCUGCUGGAAUAUCGUCCGGUUACGGGGCCGCAGCGAAAUCCGGAGGCGCCGCGUAUACCAUCGCCAGCGGCCGCAGCUCCCUCGCCCGUGCAACCUUCGAUGCUGUCGGUUAACCACCUGCUCCAGACACUGCUGCAUGUGAUCCAGGUGACUUUAUCCUUCCUGCUCAUGCUGAUCUUCAUGACCUACAACGUGUGGCUCUGCCUGAUGGUUGUCCUCGGCGCCGCCGUUGGAUACUUCCUGUUCUGCUGGAAAAAGUCGGUAAUCGUUGACGUCACCGAGCACUGUCACUAACAGAGGACCACCGAAAGCCUCAGUCGCCGAUGUCUCACGGAGGCGGACGCGGAGGAGGAGCAGCUGUCCAUCUAAACGGAAGGCGGAGGCGUUGGUGCUAAGCUGGAAUUCCCGGAAGCUCUCAUCCCCACAGAAAACACACUUCUAUACCCCUGCCACUUGCUACUCUCUGGGUAUUAGCCCCAUAACUAACUUUUAAGCUAGUUAAAACGAUGCGGCGGCAGUCUGCACAGAAUAUCAAAACCAUUCAAACUCCGUCAGUCGCUGCAUCGUUUACAAAUAACUUUAAAUCCCGACAUCAAGAUCAACUGUGUAAAAGGCCCGUUCGCAGGGAUUUGAGGGCAUUCGUUUUAAGUCGAAAGUGUAUAGUAUAAAAAAGAACAAAUUGAGCGACAGGCGAGCGAAUUGUAUAAAGUUAAGCAAUGCAAAUAUAAUUGUUUUCUGUUGGUACUCAAUCUAUGUUCGCAGGAUUCCUCCAAAAGCAUAUAUUUUUUUUACAUUAUUAUUAUAUACCAUUUUGUAUCCUUAUUAAAAGAUUAUGAUUAUUAUUAUUUGGUAAUAAAAUCCAUUCUUUUUUAUAUUUCACUUCUGUUUGUUAGCCCCCACAAAAGACAUUUUUGUUAACAUUGGCUUCCUUAUGAAAUGUUGUACGGUUUGCGAAUGUGCUCCAGUGCGUUUCAAAAGAGUAAUUUGGUUGCGGAAAAAUGGGCAUAUCCCCGAAAAUCCCAAUUAAGAUGGUUGACAUUGAUGUUAAACUUGCAUUUACGUGUUUCAAAAACAACUGACAUUACUUUGGGCUUGAUAAUUGUUACAGCUUUUUAAACACUAUCAUCUAAUUAAUUUUAAUGUGUUCCAUUAUUUUCACAACGUAUAUUUAAUAGUUGUCUGGACUCGAAAAUUACGGAUUGCAAAAACAGGCGUUAGGCUCAUUAAUUGUUUGCUCAACUCGAAAACGGCUGCUGUAAAUUGCUUUCCUAAAUGAACGCAAUAGACUUUCAAACCAUGUCUUAAAAUGAGUUACUUUCCCGAAACGCACUGUAUCCAGCAUAGCGUACAUAAAUAGAUAUUGUAGAUAUUAAACUAAAUGCAAAUACAUACAGUAAACGGAAACAAAUUUAUAAAUAUUAUUAUUAAAUCUACUUAUACAUUAAUAAAUAUACAAGCAGAAUAUUGUUAUAACCGAAA